GCAGCCCAACCAAUACUAUGUCAGUAUUUUACCGCUCUUCACCUGAGGGUAGCAUGGGCACAUUCCAGCUUCAUUACCAGUUGUUCCAUCUGAGCUGCCCUUUGCCGCGACGGCCUCACUUUGGGGAGGUGUCAGUUUUGGAUUUGCGCCCAGGAGGUACAGCACAUUUCUCCUGCCACAUGGGUUACCAUCUGCAGGGUGCAAUGUUGGUGACCUGCCUCAAUGCCUCUCUGCCUGCCUGGAACCAGCGUGAACCCAGCUGUAGAGCUCUCUGUGGUGGUACAGUAAAAAACGUCACUGUAGGCAGAGUGCUGUCACCAUCACCUCACCUGAGUCCCAACAGCACUCUUGACCACAGCUGCUCCUGGUCCCUAGAGGCUCCCAGUGGCCAGCGACUACAUCUCCAUCUGGAGAGGAUGGUCCUAGGACCAACAGACCGGUGAGUGUGUACCUGUUUCCAUAUACUUGCUAUAGAUAAUAUUUACAUAUCCUCUAGAAAGUAUUCACCCUCUAGUAAUUAUCUCUGCGUUUACUCAGUUGCAGCAUCAGAUUUAAGUAGAAGAGAGUGGGACUUUUUCUGCUCCUUUUGAAGUGGCUCUGAAAUCUGAACACUGUCCUCAAUUAAGGCUUUGAGUUCUCUCCGAUAUGUCUCUUUGAGCUUUGCACAUUUAAUUUUGAUUUUGCCAUUUUUUCCCAUUCCCCAAUGCAAUUGUCUCCAACUCUACCAAAUUUGUUGAAGGAUGUUCGUGGAAUGCUUAGUUUUUGCCCUGUGCUUUGGGACAUUGUCCUGUUGGAACAUCCAUUUUCACCAUAGACAUAGAUUUCUGGCUGAAUGGAACCGGUUCUACUCAACAAUUUGCUUGUAUUUGGCUCCAUCCCUGUUGACCUUGAUGGCAAAAAGAUUUCCAGUUGCUGCUGGUGAAAGGCAACACCACAGCAUGAUGCUACCACCACCAUGCUUGAUGGUAGGAAUGGUAUUACCUG